UGAGAGCCAACAUUCGUUUGUAAACAAACAUAAUGCUCUUCAAGGAAUGGAUUGGAUACACUGUAAUGGCUGUUACGUCCAGCCCGGGCAGCGUGGUCAAGAAAAGCGCCGGUUUUUGCUUACCAGCUGCGGUCAUGUGUUCUGUGCCCAAUGUUGCAUGGCUUGCGCCAACGAAAAAUGUAAAGUUUGUCAGUCCAAUUGCAAAAUGAUACCGCUGUCAUCGAAAAUGAAGCCAGAUGUAGAGGUGUUCUUCACCAACCCGAUGGAGCUGGCGCGCCGCUGUUUAGCAUCGUUCACACAAGCCGCGCAGAAAAUGCAGACCGUCAGUGAUUUCCAGAACGGCCACAGACAGCGACUCAUGGAGCAUUUACGGAACGAAGUUCGUGCUCACCAGCUGAACGCUCGCGCAAACAGUCAGCUUGAAGCGCGGUGCCAGCAGCUGGAGAAGCGCUGUCAGCAGCUGGAGCAGCAGCUGAUUGGGAUGCAGGCUCGCAAGAGCCCCCGCAACUCGCCGGGCUUCCUGAGCGGCAUGGUGAGCUCGCGGCCCAUGUGUCGGGACUCGCCUCAGGCGGCGGCCGCACCCUCCUGCAGCCCUUACAUGGACGUGGUGCGCCGGUCGCGGCCGUUCGAGCUGGCGGCGUCGGCCGGCGGCGGCGACAGUCUGCCGAUGGCCACCAGCCCCCAGCAGACCGGCCAGCGCCAGACCUCGCUGCUCGCCAAGCUGUUCGCGUCGCCCGGCGUUCCACAGUCGCCCAACAACAUCUGAUGGCCGCGUGAAGUUCCGCGACAUCGCCGCCCCAUCGAGGUUGGCUUCCUGAUCUCGAUAUGAACAAGACACACGAGCCCGUAUGCGUCACGGCUCCAGUGCGAACAUUACCUAGAUUUGUGUUUGAAGUUGGCUGUGCGAAGCUAUGUCACGCAAUUCUAGUUGUUUUCUGCGUGUGAUCGUUCCUUUGUCGUAUCCUGUUACCCUUUUCUUGCUGACGAUGGUGUAAGUCGUACUACAUUGAAAUGCCAUCUG